AUGUCAACCGACAGCCGGAGAGGUGCAGUGUUCCUUCAUGCCAACCAAAUCGAGAAGACAAGAAUGAACAAUACAAAAGGGGGAUCUGUUGGGAAAAAACCUGUUCGCCAAAAGUCCUUUGAUAAUAGCAGAGUUAACGGUAAAUUCACUCCGUCAACAAAGGAAACUCAGGAACGUAAAGCAUCGGUUUCCCAUAUUAAUAAGCAAUACAGUGUUGAUAAUGCACGGCGAUUAAUUCCUCAAGUUGCUGAGAGACGAGCUAAGACCACCGUUCCCGUACAAGAAGAAAAUGAUGCAUUAUCCAGCUUACCGCUCCAAUCAUCUGUUACUAGGGCCAAUCGGCGGCGAACCAGCAUCAGUAUUCGUAAAGGAAGUACCGUUGGUCAAGACUACAACAGAGGACGUCGCUUAAGCACCGCCCGAAAGUGUGUUACUCCUUUGGGAACAUCGUUGGCCUCACAAGAACGGCGACGAAGCAGUUUACAGCAUCAACCAGCCCCUAAGAAGAAAGCAGAAGAUCCCUCCCUUACUUGCAAGCAAAUUGAAGCGUUCCGGGAAGUGUUUGAUUUAUUCGACACCAAUGGUGGAGGUUCGAUUGAUGCGGAUGAAUUACAGGCAGCACUGGCCUCGGUGGAAAUUCAUAUCAGUCAUAAAGAAAUUGAAGACGUCCUAUCCCAGAUCGAUGAUGAUGGUAACGGAGAAAUAGAUUUUCAGGAGUUCUUGACACUGAUGACAAAUACGGAGAAGUUUCUGGAAAUGUUCGCUUCGCAGCAUGAGCAGCUACCGGUGGAAGACUCCGGUCGUGAGCACGUUCUCUUCGACGCCCUCACACAAUUUAUGAAAAAGUCCGCCCUCAAACAGAUGGACGAACUUGUGGGCCCCUAUGCCGAGCCCCUACAUAUCUUUCACUCGGUCAAAACCACCCGGCACCCAGUCACAAAGAAGGCAAAACCCAUUGAUACUGAGAUACCUGCUAGGACCGGUAAGAUUCGACUGAUUAUCAACAGACAUCGAUCGCCGCCCAAGGAAGAAGAUGAGCAGGAAGACGAAAAGACAGUCACCGAGUCUACACAUUCCAAUACGAACUUGGAGAAACUUGAUCAUCGUAAGAUAUCGGCAGCCGGUGAGUUGUUCACGCCGCGUCUAGGCUGGGUGAUCCCACGAGCAAAAAGUAUCGCCGAACGUCUCAAAUUUAUUAAAAAGAAAAAGGCUGUCCUAACUACAGAAGAUUUGCCAAAUAUACGAAAAAGGAUUCGCGAUGCUACAAAAGCUUACAAUAAAGAAAUGACUGAAAUGAAAGCACAUGAGGCCGUCAAACACUGGCGUAAAUUAGAACCGCACCACAUCCCUUCUAAACUACUGCAGACGCAUUUCCAGAAGGUGUUCUGUGCAUAUUCAUCCGCUGUUCAAUACAGUUACACAUGCCAACCGAAGGAAAUUCCAUACAAGAAAGUAUAACAAAUAUACU